CAUUAUCAUAUGCCUGGUUCUUGGUUCUGCUGUCGGCAAGGCCGGGUAAUGAAGCAAGACUGCCCUGACGGUGACGGUCGAGAUGAGGCCUGUUACACAGACUUUCCACCCGCGCAACAAUCAACAAUCAAGACAGCCCGUCUGACGUCUGUCUGAACGAGACACAUCCCCAACCUUGCCGGCACCCCCACGUCUGCUCACUCGCCCGAUCCUUCUCGACAUUUAUUCUCGGUGACAAGUAUAGCUGUUGUCGGGCCUUCCCCACACGGCCUGCGCUUCCGCGUUUCUUUCUACCCCUUGCUCCUUGCUCCUUGGGAGGUUACCUUCACGCUUGUGCUACCCAUGCUCGGCCGCCUCUCGACAAUGCACUUGCCGUAUCUUCAACAAGAUGUGUUACCGUCGUCGAGUACGAGUACGGUCGGUCAUCACGCUGUAACCAGACUUUUCUGUGUAACACCAAUCAGUCAGCAAUAGCGGCGUCUACGCUUCCGAGAUCAAAAGCUCCGGCAAGGCAACACAUUCAGACAUGGGGCAAAGCGGCGCGGACCAUCCAGGCCCCGAUGCCGACAAAGAGAACCACCGGAUGAUCGACUGGUGAAGCCAACAGCGAGCGACACCGACACCAACACCAACAUCACCAACACUGAAUACAACAAGUCUAUGGAUACGCAGGGAACUCGAUGGAAUUUUUCCUCGAAAAGAGGCGCUGUUUCUGGUCUUCCCGCGUCUAUCUCAUCUCUUGCUUGACGAGCUUCGGGGGGUGUGGUGUCACACACACACACACACACACACACCCACCUUCACUUGUUAGGUUCCUGCAAUAAAUUCAACUUACAUACAUAACCACACGCACCCAUCUACCGUUGCCGACUCGUGGUGCCCCCAACUUUCCUCUGCCGCUCCCAUUGGCCCUGUUCUUGGCUCGUUCCUCUCCGCCCAAAAGGGCACCAAAAAAUCCUACCAAGUUCGCUGCAUUUUACCUCGGAAAGUCCUGGUUGAAGGCCAUUUCACCCGGCCCUGGGAUCCCCAUUACGCAACUUAUACCGUACCGCUCACCACCAGCUUUCGGGCUGCAACUAAUAACCCUUUUCAUCCCGUAUCCGACUUGUCCCUAAGACAGUACGCGUGGACUGACACGGCACGAGAUCAAGAAAGUUCAAGAAAAAGGCUUGCAUGGGUGGGGUUCCUGUUCAGAAAUGUGUGAGGUUUUGAAGCUGUACAAAAGGUGAUACACAUUUGUUAAUUCAUAAUGAGUCCUCCCGAACCCUCAACAACUGACCUUGACCCUACCUCUCCUGUUCCCAUGGACCUCAGCAAGCACCGGGUGACUACGGUCAUGCAAGAUUUGCAUUCCUAUCUGCCACUAUCAAAACCACUCAAGGAUGGCGACCUCCUGUUGCUGCUCACACCUGGAAUCAUACCGGAUCUUGGCAGUUCGAAAAUGAAUUCAGAGACAUCACUUACCAGUGACCCGUUCGAAUCCCUAGGCAAGGCAUUGGCGAAGCAUCAUCCCUGGGUUCGGCAUGUGCCCUACCUACCACGCUACGGUAUCACCGGCACACAUGUUGUGCACAUCAGGCUAGCCACGGCGAUCAUUUUCGUCCUCUCAGGUCCACCUGUCCAUGGUCAGCCCUCGCAAGUGGCACUGGCCGAGAUCACACGAAGUAUCUGCGAGAACCGACCACAUGUCAUCGUGGCCUGCUGCGACGCCCGAGAGCUGGGGCCCAUCGAAAAGUCGUUCCCGGCGAUAGUGCAGGUACCCAGCCUCGACCCGUCCGAUCUCGAAGCAGCGGCAGACGUCAUAUUCGGAGAGACCAAAAAGCGGCCACCAUCAACCGGUCCUAACCUGCAGAAUCUGGUCCUCGCCCCAAAGGCCUGGUCGGUCGAGGUAUGGAACGGGCCCCGGGACAUGGAUGCGUCGUAUGAGCUCUGGUGCCGGUGCUUCCCAGACAACUUCCACCUGAGCCGCUUCUUGUUCCAGGCGCUGCUGCGACGGGAUGGGUGGGCGAUGCAUUACGUGGUUCGUGAGCCGGGGACCUCCCAGCUGCUCGGGUUUUGUGCGACGUAUACAACUUAUGCCGGGGCUGAGGAGGAACGCCUGGUCGGGUCCGUGGCUGCCUUGCUUGUGCGCCCAGCGUACCGGAAACGAGGCAUCGGGUUGAGCUUGCACAACCAUGCGCUGAGGCAGCUUACAAAGACACGUGGUGUGUGCCGGUUACAGCUUGGGAGCACGUUUCCUCGGCUGUUGUAUGGGCUUCCGAUGGACUCACCGGUGGAGGAUUGGUUUGGGCGACGCAACUGGCCUAUUCUUACCCAGUUACCGGGCCCGGGGACUGGGCAGGAGGCGUGCGACUGGCUGCUGAAGUUUGCGGAUUGGCCUAUUCCAACCGUGUUGCCACCGGGGCCGGUGUUCCGCCAGUGCGAAUUUAACGAGUUCGACAUGGUGUUGGCGCUGGUAGGGUCGGAGUCUAGGAGGAGGGACAAUGUGGGCUGGUACGACCAGUAUGCCAAGCUGGCGAACUCGAUGAACAUCCGCGACAUUGUUGUCGGACUGGACGAAGCCGGCACGAUGGUUGCCGCGGCUUUGACAUAUGUCAAGAACACGGGGAGUCCGGUGGCCGAGGAUCUGCCUUGGACCAACAUGAUUGGGGAUGAUGUUGGCGGGGUAACGUGCGUUUGCAUUGCAGAUUCAGGUCGGCGGAGCGCUGUGAUGGUCAGACUAUUAGACAGCUGCAUUCAGCUGCUUGCUGAGCAGGGGAUGACACAGCUGUUUAUGGACGCCGUCAAGGGUGGCGAUGAGGGGUUCCCAUCUAUGGGCUUCAACAAAUGGGCAAGAUACAGAGAUGUGUGGCGGGAUAUCUAA